CUGAAAGCCUAGGAACCCCCUCUUUCAAAAAGCAAUAUGGGUAUCAGCCGUGAUUCGAGGCACAAGCAUUCUGCCACCGGUGCUAGACGUGCACACUACCGCAAGAAGAGAAAGUUCGAGUUGGGCCGCCCUGCUGCCAACACCAAGCUUGGUGCUAAGCGUAUCCACACCGUCCGCACGCGUGGUGGUAACACCAAGUACCGAGCUCUGCGCUUGGAAGCCGGCAACUUCUCGUGGGCCUCGGAAGGUCAAGCCCGCAAGACCCGUGCCUUGACUGUCGUCUACAACGCUUCCAACAACGAACUUGUCCGUACCAACACCUUGGUCAAGGGUGCCAUCAUCCAGGUCGAUGCCACACCUUUCCGUCAGUGGUACGAAGGCUUCUACGGUCUUCCCUUGGGCAAGAAGAAGUUGACCGAGGCUAAGGCUGCCGAAUUCGACGCUGCUGUCAACGCCAAGUCUGAGCAGCGCAAGAAGAAGUGGGAAGAGCGCAAGUCCAACGCUGCCAUCGACCCUCUUUUGGAUGACCAGUUCGCUGCUGGCCGUCUUUAUGCUCGCAUUGCUUCGCGUCCUGGUCAGUCUGGCCGUUGCGACGGUUACAUUCUUGAGGGCAAGGAACUUGAAUUCUACCUCAAGAAGAUCAAGUCCCGCAAGUAAACUUUUUCUUUGCUUCAUUUUCUUGCAAUAAAAAAUUUCGCACAAAACUAAAAAUAAUAAUUGU